ACAAGACAAAAAAGAAAAAUGGCUUCCGACGACGAGGAUGAAGAAUUAAAGGCUUUAAGAUUAGCUGUUUUAUUGUCUAUGAAAAAGAAAGUUGAUAAAGAACUAUCUCCACCUAAACCCAAGAAGAACAAUUCUUCAGAUUUGGAAGCAUUAAGACAUGCUGCACUUGCCAAUAUUGAAAGUGCUGGAGUAAAGCCAAUUGUUCCACAACCAAUUCCCACUUCCAACUCACCUCUUUAUAAAAGUCAAUCCUUCCCUAAAGUGGUACAUAACAACUUUAAAAAUGUUGCAUCGGGUCAACCAAGAAGUAGGCCUAGAGCCAGUAAUCUGAUAGUUAUCAAUCCUGAACCUCAAGAUGUACCACAGAAACCUGUUAUUAGUGAGAAGAAGUCUGUUGAUAAACCAGUAUUAUUACGUCCUCAGGAUAAAUGGUGCUCACCAACUACUGGGACAUCUGUCUCUCAAGUUGUUGAAGAAUCCAAGCCUAAAGUUCCAAGUAAGUUUUCCCGGUAUGACUCCAGUGAUAGUGAAAGUAGUGACGCCUCUAGUAGUGACAGUGAGUCUGAAGAAGAGAAGCCAUUGCCAUCGCCAAAACAAAAUAGUGACUCAGAAGAUGAAAAACCUGUGUCACCCAAGUCAAAAAGUAACGCAAAAUCAGAGAAAAAGGGAUCAUCAUCAGACAUAAGUUCUGAUUCAGAUAGUGAUGACAUUGAAAAACAAAUUGACAAUAUUUUAAAUAGUCCUGAAAUUAAAGACAAAAAGACAGAUAUUAGUGAUAAUACUCAUGAAAAAGUGCUAAAAACAAAAACUCUAGAAAAAUCUGUGACCAAAAUCAUCGACAAGUCCACCUCAACUCUUUCAAAAACAGAAAUUCCCAAGACUGAGGCCAAAUCUAUUCCUACCUUGAUAGGAGGUUCAAAAAGUGGUGUGAGGAAAAAGGUCAGCAAUGCCUGGUCAGAUAGUGAAAGUGAUUCAGGAAUACGGUCUGGGAAGGAGAGGCAGAAAUUAAAAAAGAACAAGUCAUGGUCUGAUCAGGGAAGUAGUGAUGAGGAGAACAAGCCAGUCAAAAAUGCCAAUAAUGCCAAAAGUCAGGUGCCUCCUGUUGUUGAACCGAUGCCUCAAAAAAGUAAAGCUGAAAUACAGAAAGAAAAGGAAGACCGUAGACGUAUGAUUGAAAAUGAUCUCCAAAAAACUUUGAAAGAUCUGCAGUCAAUCAAAGAAAAAAGAAGGAAACAAGAAGCUUCCCAAAAAGGUUCAAAAGAUACCAAGUCUCCUGACUCUAAACACAGAAAACGCUCAAGUUCAAUAUCUCCAAGAAGAAGGUCAAUCAGUCCAAGAAGAAGAAGUCCAUUUGAGCGUAGAAGAUCAUCUAGUCGUUCACCAAGAAGAAGAAGAUCAUUCAGUCCAAGGCGAACAAGAUCUAGAAGCUUCAGUAGAUCACCAUCUGGUAAAAAAAGAAGUCCUUCUCCAGGUUUAAAGAAAAGGAGGUCUCCAGGGUCUAGAAGAUCACCUGAUCCAAGAAGAAGAAAAAGGUCACCAUUAGGCUUUAAAGGAGCAUAUCAUCGUAGAUCACCUCAGUCCAAAAGAUCUCCUAAGAACAAUUUGUCUGGUAAUUCUUCACUGGAUCCUCGUAAAGAAAAGCGUGUCCUUUCUAGUGAAGAAAGGAGAAAAAUUGAAGCAAGACGUAGAAAGUUUGAAAGUAGUGCUAUUGAAGUGAAAAAGACAAUAUCGUUAAAAAACAUUGUUCGAAAAUCUAACUCAAGAGAACGGUCACCUUCUCCCAAAAGUCCAAAGGAUAGAGCCAAAAAAUUACCUGAUCCAACUGAAGAAUCUUCCUCAAAAAAGCGUUUGACUGAGGUAGAGAAUAAGGUGUCCAAUUCUGAAUCCAGACGUAAAUCAAAAGAAUUAAAAGAAAAUAAUGACAAUGAAGAUAGUGAUGCUUCAAAAGGGUCAGUAUCAUCACUAAGUGACAGCGAUAGUGACAAGGAAGAGUCUAGAUCAUGGCGUAAGGAACAAAACAACACUAAACAUCUUAACAAAAGGAAGCAAACUGAUGUGAGAGAUCGUCUUGACAGACCAGGUUUUGACCGACAUAAGCAUGAAAGACCAAGAUUUGUGAGAUCAGAAGGAGAUCGUCAAGGAUUCGAGAGAUCUCAGAGAGAUCAACAAGGAUUUGACAGAUCAAAAAGAGAUCAACAAGGAUUUGACAGAUCAAAAAGAGAUCAACAAGGAUUUGACAGAUCAAAGAAAGAUCAACAAGGAUUUGACAGAUCAAAGAAAGAUCAACAAGGAUUUGACAGAUCAAGAGGUGGAUUGGACAGACCUAGAACAAGAGAUAGGCCUGGAUCACCCCCUUCAAGAUCUCGAAAGGACAAGGAAGCUAUUAAAGAUGAUCCUGGAAAUGAAACAAAAUCUGUGGCAAAUGACAUGGAAUCAAAAGUGUUACCAAAGAAAAUUUAUAGAACUGAUUCUCAUGUGUUUUCAGACAAUGUUGAUAGAGGAUUUGAUGCUUCCAAUUAUCGAAAGACUAAAAUAGAUUCUGGUGUGGCGUCUGGAGGGUCAGACUCAGAAGGUGAUGCUAAAGACAAGAAACUGAUCAGUGUUGUGUUGUCAUCAGAUUCUAAGCAGAAUAGUCCUGCACCAAUUAUUACUAGUCCAAUCAGAAAAGUAGAAUGCUCUGAAACAGUACCAGAAAAAUCACAUCGAAAACAUCACAAACAUCGUUCGGAACGACACAAAAGUAAGCGAGUUGUUAUCACCGACAUGGAUGAGAUGCCAAGAAAAAAGAAAUUGAAAACUGAACGCUUGGGAGAUGCAAGGGACCUACUUGAAGCCAUCAAAGGUCAAAACGAUAAUUCCAGAAGAGCUGUGAUUCGUAAUGAUGGUAUUAGUGUCACUCUUGAAGAUCAGGAACCGGAUUCACCCAGGAAACCAUCUGUUCAUGAACGUCUGGGAAGAAAAGUUCCUAGUCUAAUGUCCAUCAAAACUGAAGAUUUGAGACGAGGUAGAUCACCUGAACCAGAACCUAAAGUUUUGAAUCUGACUACAAAAGAAUCCAAAAGAUCUAAAGACAAGUCUUCCCGUAAAUUGGAAAGACGAGAUAGUUUUGAGAAGAAGUCAAAGAAGAAAAGGUCCAUAAUUCAUUAUGAUUCUCCAGAGGAAGAUGGAAAUGAUGAUAACUUAGAGAAACGUAUCCAGAUUAUUAAAGAGAAGAAUGCUGCUAUAUUAAAAAGACAAGCUGAGAUUCAGAAAGAUAAGGAAAUAUUUGGUUGAAUGGAUGUUUGCCUUUUAUUUUAUUUCAGGUUCUGUUUAUGGUUAAUGUUUGAGAAGAUCAAGAAGUGCUUAAUGCUUUUUUAGUGACUUUAAUAUCAAAUUUCUUUUGCAAAUUAAUUUGAAAAUUGGUUAAGUGUGACAUGGUGAUUUGAAAAUGAUUUAGACUUUUUGGUCAUCAUUUUGCCAGUUAAGAAUAUUUACUGGAGGAACUUGACUUAAGAAAUGACUGAUCUUUUGAAGUUUUUAAUAAAUUAGAAUUUUUAUUCCAAUGAUAUCAAAUCAGGGAUCAAAUUGAGAAUUUUUUACGUAAAAUUUUUGCAAAAAUACGUGACCUACAAAUUUUGAGUAAAGGUACUCAAUUUAAACUUAUUUUGUAAAUAAAAUGUGUCAUAUGUAAAUAAUUUUCACAAUAUUCAUUUGAUGUAAAUAUUAUUGUAAUAAGAUGCUCUAUAUGUAAUAAAAUAGUGAAGCUAUUAA